AUGCAGCCAUUCUGUGGAGUAGAGUGUGAAAUUUUGGAUGAUAGUGCAGUGGAGAGAAGAGAGAAGAAAAGGCGGCUAAGUUUGGAGCAGGUGAAAUGCCUGGAAAAAAGCUUUGAGAUGGAGAGAAAACUUGAGGCAGAGAGGAAGAAUCAGCUUGCUUUUGAAGUAGGGCUCAGUCCUAGGCAAGUUGCAGUGUGGUAUCAGAACAGGCGUUCCAGAUGGAAGGCCCAGCAAUUGGAAAAGGACUAUCAUCUUCUUAAGCAAAGAUAUGAUGCACUGGUUUCUGAGAAAGACAAGUUAGAAUCUGAGGUAAGGAGGCUAACAAAUGAGUUUCAACGCAUCAAAGACAGACUGGAUGAGGAUGAGCAUUCAAAAUAUAAUAAGCAGAUUGAUGUUAUUGAUGAUGUGGCUAUUAUGUCAGACGAGUUAUAUGAUGAUCUUAUGGUGUUAGAUGAUUACCCUGCAUCACAAACUGUCUCUAAAUUUGACUAG